UCUAUGAUUGGCAGGAUGCCAGUUUUGACUGGACCUGGAGCUCUAGGUGCUUCGUACAGUACACCAUAUGCUGCUGUUGAUGGUUCCUACCAAGCACAUAAGCCAGGAUCCUCCAGCAGGGAGAAUAGUACAAACAACCUUGAUGACCUGGAGAAACCCUUGGAGAGGCCUGAUUUUACAGAGAGUGGGGUUUCAAAACGUCAGAACGGCAACUCAAGCAAGCAGCCUCGGAGGUACUCGGAGAUGAGCUUUAGCAAGUGAUCACAGUUGUUAGAAACUAAGAAGAAGGGAUUAAAGACUCCUUGGCUCAGGGCCCUGGUGCAUCUCCAAACUUCGUAAACAGCACACUUUAGACUGCAAUUGUUCCUGAAUUUCUUAGUUUUGUACGAUGGGAGGGAAAGAAUGAAAGACGAUACUAGGACGAUACUACUAGCUAGCAAAUAUAAAUGAAGAAAGUCGUUGUCUCAAGCCUUGGUCAGCCUGUUUUGUGUGAUCGUCUUCUCAUUUCUCGUAUGUAAUUCAUUUCUGUUUCUUGUAUAAGUUUGAUAACUUACUUAUGGUUUUGGUAAUGUGUUUUAUUCGUUGUAGAACGCUGUUUCUAAACAGGCUUUGAUAUAAUGAGAAAUGGUUAAUGGUUGUGACA